GGUUUCAUGUCGAUCUUCUUUCGAUUAUAUAAGAAUUUGCUCUUGACUUCACUUUGCCAUUUCUGCCCAUCGACGAAGAAAUUUUCAAAAAAAAUUGGAUGCUAAGAAGGAAGAUUAUCAGAGGAAUCGGAUACGGAUAAUGUUUCAGAUAGAGGGAAUUUAGGGAGGAAGCUUGAGAAGACGUAAAGAGUUGAAGAAGAACAGUCUGAAUCUAUCUAUCUAUCAAUCAUCAAUGGCGAUGGUUUCGCCUCAAACAUUCGAGGUUUUGAAGCAGGCUGCUGGAGUAGCUGGGAACAUAUUUGCUUUUGGGCUCUUUGUGUCACCCAUACCAACCUUUCGGAGAAUUAUCAGAAACCAAUCAACAGAACAGUUCUCAGGAAUGCCAUACAUAUAUGCCCUCUUGAACUGCUUAAUCUGUGCAUGGUAUGGCUGCCCGUUCAUAUCUUCUGAUAAUAUCUUGGUUACAACAGUCAAUUCCGUUGGUGCAGUUUUCCAAUUAUCGUACAUAAUUAUCUAUAUAACAUGUGCUGAGAAACGCAAAAAGUUCAAGAUGUCUGGAUUACUGCUGGCUGUAUUUGGCCUAUUUGCAGUCAUUGUAAUUGGGAGUAUGCUUGUAUCAGACCUUGAAGUUCGGCAUUUAGUUAUUGGGUUUUUGAGCUGUGCUACCCUCAUAUCAAUGUUUGCUUCCCCGUUGUCGGUAAUGAAUCUGGUGAUCCAGACAAGGAGUGUUGAGUUCAUGCCAUUUUACCUCUCUCUAUCCACUUUCUUGAUGAGCACCUCCUUUUUGUUGUAUGGAAUAUUCAAUUUCGAUCCUUUCAUUUAUGUUCCAAAUGGUAUAGGAACCAUUCUGGGAAUCGCGCAAUUGGCUUUGUAUUUCUACUACAACAAGAAGUCAAACGAAGAAUCGAGAGAACCCUUAAUAUAGUCAUUUGCAUGACCAAAUAGCAAAUUCAUAUCUGGCCCAGGUAAUCAAACACACAUCAACCAUUUGCAUGUGUGAACUUGAUUAGUUCUUGAGAUUGAUCUUCAAUUAUCAUUGAAAAGGGGCGAUGAUCAUUGGGUUUGUGGUGCUUGUCAGAAUUGUCAGAGUCAACGGGUGAAAUUUGAUUUGGGAUGUUUGUUGGUAAGGUUGAAGUCCAUUUCAUCUGUAUUAUAUGAUUGUUUUCAUUUUGUUGAUUGGUUUGUCCUGUAUGUCAAAUUCUUUCUCUUCAAUAAAUUUGAUUAUUUGAAAUCUA